AUGGAGGAGGCACAUAAGGGGGAGCAAGAAAAAGAAAAAGAAAAAGAAAAAGAAAAAGAAAAAGGAGGGGAAGAAGUGAAGUACCGAGGUGUUAGAAAGAGGCCAUGGGGUAAGUACGGAGCAGAGAUUAGAGAUCCAAGAAAAGCCACGGGAAGACAGUGGUUAGGGACAUUUGACACAGCAGAAGAAGCAGCUAGAGCUUAUGAUCGUGCAGCCAUUGAAUUGAGGGGUGCCCUUGCAAUCCUUAAUUUUCCUGAUGAGCACCAUUUUCUAUCAUCAAAUUCUUCAACUACGGCCAAUGGAAGUUCUUCUUCUUCUUCUUCUUCAAAACAGAAGGAAGUUAUCGAGUUCGAGUAUUUGGAUGAUAAGGUGUUGGAAGACCUUCUUGAGCUGGCUUCAAAUUGGAGAUUCUUGGAAGAUGAUGGAAGUAAGGAGAUGGAUUUAACUGAUCAAACGGUUGGAAAUUUUGAGGGUACAAACAAAAGAAAACAAUAA